CCGGCUGUGGUGCUGGAAGAAUAGACCGGGGUGGUGGUUAUAAAUAUUGCAGUUUAGACCUACGCAAAUCACAGUCGUGAAUUUUCCAUCGAUACUGAAACAAUAGUCAGCUUCGUGGAAGCAGCUAGCGAAGCUCAUUAGCACUCCAAAAAAACGGAAGAAUGGCGUUCCUGUUGAAAUCAAUUAUCUGCGUGACCUUGCUCUCGCUAACGGCAGCCCAAUAUGGCGAGGAGGAACAGUACCACCACCCACAGGAGGAUGCCCAUCCGGGUGUUGGAUUCUCGUAUGCCAAGUUUAGCGGUCCAGUUAGUGGUCCCUCGCACGAAGUGCACGUCGAGGACAAGCACGGCCAUGGUUACACCGUUGACUACGUGGCCAAACCCGAUUACCACUUCGAGUACGGAGUAGAAGAUCCUAAGAGCAAGGUAUCGCAGAGUCGCAAGGAGCACCGCCAUGAGGACGAAUUGCACGGCGAGUACAGCGUCCAGCAGCCGGAUGGUAAGCUGCGAACGGUUAAGUACACCGCCAACAAGCACACUGGGUUCCACGCUGAAGUGUUGAUCGAUGGAAAACCACUGCACCAGGAAGAGCUGGCCAAGCUGGCCUACGAGGCGCAGGAACAUUCGGCCCGGCCCCAUGAUCGGCACGAGGAGAUACCCGCGUACGGUGGCUCUGAGGGGCAGACCUACGAGGAAGAAUCGUCUCCGUCCUACGGUGGCGAAGAGGGAGGCGAGGGUUAUUACCGUUAAAAAUCGGCAAACUAAUGUUGUUUCGUAAAAGUAUAGUCUCGCGAUUAGAUUAUAAAUCAACGAAAUUAACUGCCGACCUCAUGGAAAAGGUCAAACAAAAUUAUUUAUUUUAACUAUUUCCUGUUCACCACUCUAGUCGAGACUUAAAGCUAACCACAUCUAAAUUUUUCCGCGCAUCUACAGUUCCUGUGCUUUAGUUUACGGAAUCCAAUUGCUUCAAACUCCAACGAUUUCGUUUUUAUUUUGCAUAGCUCAUACCCCAAAUGUGAUAUCGAUCGAAACCGAAAUCAUCAACAAAAGGUGAAAUGCCCGGUCGCCCUGUUUGGCUAACGUAGUUAGACAGCAGAAGGUGGAAGACCUUCUGCUUGGAAAAAAUAAAACAUCCGAAAUAAAUACAUUGUUAACUAGUUUGUUAUGAAACAUAAGUGUACAUAAUUUUAGAAAUACUGAGUAAAGCUCAAAAUCGAAAAUAUAAGUAAUAAUUUUA